GCAAGGGUUGGUUGAUGAGCAUCGCAACAAGAAGGUGGGAGACACAAUGAUUGGUCAUCUCCUUUCAUUGCAAGAAUCAGAUCCUGAAUAUUACUCCGAUCAAAUCAUAAAAAGGGUUUAUUUGGGUUUUGAUACUUGCUAGAAUAGAUACAUCUGCGAGAUGACAUUAGAAUGGGCGAUGUCUAACUUACUCAGUCACCCUGAAGUACUGAAUAAGGUAAAAAAGGAUAUAGACGCUCAAGUAGGUGAAGAAAGGCUUAUGGAGGAAUCAGAUAUCAUGAAGCUCCAUUACCUUCAAAGCAUCAUGUGGGAGACACUCCGACUACACUCAGUAGCCCCUCUUCUACUUCCACAUAUGGCAUCUGCAGACUACACCAUAGGUGGAUACGAUGUGCCAUAAGGCACAUCAAUGUUGGCCAAUGUAUUUGCCGUCCACCGAGACCCAAAGUUGUGGGAUGACCUAAAAAGUUUUAGAUCAAAGCGGUUGGAGAAGGAAGAGAAAGAGAGUCAAAAGCUGAUGCCGCUUGAAGCCAUGUGCAAAGCUCCACCCAUUGUGAACAAAGUUCUUUAUGGGCCUGAAUAGAAUAGUUGAGUUUUU